UUUCGUCGCUGCGGGACACAGCGAGACAGCCGUUCGUUCCUAGUAAAAUCAAGGAAGCGCCAACCAAACAACCAACCAAGCCUGCCGACAACGUCUCGCCGCCCGCCAAAGGAUUUGGUCUCCUUCUCCCGUACAACUCACUCGGGAAAUAAAAAGAGACCCAACGCCGACAUGGACAACGAGGCCGGCAACGCGAUGGCCUCGCACGACGAGCGCCUCGCAAGGGAGCAGCAGGUCGACAAUGCUAUCCGCGCGAUCCAGCACAAGAAGCCGUUGCCUGAGAUCGACUUCACCAUCCACACCAUGGAGGACGGGACCCAGGUCAGCACAUUGGAGCGGGUGUGCAAAGAUGUGCAAGCGCCUGCCAUGUACAAGCCGACCAACGAGCAGUUUUUCGAGGACGAGACGCACCAAAAGCCCAAUAUCCAGUUCCUCAAACAGCACUUCUACCGAGAGGGCCGCCUGACCGAGGAGCAGGCACUAUGGAUCAUCCGGAAGGGCACCGAGCUCCUGCGCGCCGAGCCUAACUUGCUAGAGAUGGAUGCCCCCAUCACCGUCUGCGGCGACGUUCACGGUCAGUACUACGACCUUAUGAAGCUGUUCGAGGUUGGCGGCGACCCGGCCGAUACGAGGUACCUCUUCCUCGGCGACUACGUCGACCGUGGAUACUUCAGUAUCGAGUGCGUGCUGUACCUGUGGGCGCUCAAGAUCCACUAUCCCAAGACGCUCUGGCUGCUGCGCGGGAAUCAUGAAUGUCGCCACUUGACCGACUACUUCACCUUCAAGCUCGAGUGCAAGCACAAGUACUCCGAGGCCGUCUACGAGGCUUGCAUGGAGUCGUUCUGCUGCCUGCCGCUGGCGGCGAUUAUGAACAAGCAGUUCUUGUGCAUCCAUGGCGGGCUCAGCCCGGAGCUGCACACGCUCGAUGAUCUGAGAAAUAUCGACCGGUUUAGAGAGCCUCCCACUCAGGGGCUAAUGUGCGACAUUCUCUGGGCCGACCCCUUGGAGGACUUUGGCCAGGAGAAGACUACCGAGUACUUCGUGCACAACCACGUGCGCGGGUGCUCGUACUUCUUCUCUUACCCGGCGGCCUGCCACUUCCUGGAGAAGAACAACCUGCUGUCCAUCAUCCGCGCUCACGAGGCUCAGGACGCCGGAUACCGCAUGUAUCGUAAGACGCGUACAACGGGCUUCCCGAGCGUCAUGACCAUCUUCUCGGCGCCCAACUACCUCGACGUCUACAACAACAAGGCUGCCGUGCUCAAGUACGAGAACAACGUCAUGAACAUCCGGCAGUUCAACUGCACGCCGCACCCAUACUGGCUCCCCAACUUCAUGGACGUCUUCACAUGGUCGCUGCCCUUCGUUGGCGAGAAGAUCACCGACAUGCUCAUCGCCAUCCUCAGCACGUGCUCCGAGGAGGAGCUGAGGGAGGACUCGUCGGCCACCUCGCCAGGCCCGAUUUCUCCGUCGUUGCCCUCGGCCUCCAGCGCUAGCGGUCAGGACCCCGAAUCCAUCGAGUUCAAGCGGCGGGCCAUCAAGAACAAGAUCCUCGCCAUCGGGCGCCUCUCGCGCGUGUUCCAGGUGCUGCGCGAGGAGUCGGAGCGCGUCACCGAGCUCAAGACGGUGUCGGGCGGCCGCCUGCCCGCCGGCACCCUCAUGCUCGGCGCCGAGGGCAUCAAGAACGCCAUCAGCAGCUUCGAGGACGCCCGCAAGGUCGACCUCCAGAACGAGCGGCUGCCGCCGAGCUCCGAGGAGGUGCAGAAGCAGCACGACGAGGAGCGCGCCCAGGCCCUCGAGAGGGCCGCGAGAGAGGCAGAGCAGGACAAGAAGUUGCAGACGCUUUCGCGGAGGCUGAGCACUGAUCGUAAACGGUAGUGGAAACACAUCGCCUGGCCUGCGUCUCCGGAGGCUGGGUACUGGUGAGGAAUCGGACACGGGAUGCUUGGAAGGGACAUGAUGAUUGGCAGCUGCUUGGUUCACCUGCGUUUUAUAUGGGAGACAGGGUGAUGAAGCACAGAGGAUACCUAUACCUCCUUGGUUUUGCCAUGAUUUGAAUAAGUAGCAAGACAGACGUAUCAGUCUUGGGCACUUACGGGCGAGCGAGGAGAACAAUGGGAUGAAGUGUGACACAGCUGUGACUUGUCCUAUCCUGUUGUUAAUGACUUGUCUAUGACUGUGACGUGACCAUGCUGGGCCAUCUUUCUGAGCAGACCUGGUACGGCUGAUUCUAGCGUUGCUGAACGAGCGGUUGUUCUUGGCAACGUUGACUUUCCCUCUUUAUUUUCUUUCCUUUUUUUUUCGUGGAGGGAG